AUGUAUAAUAUAGCCAGGAAACCAUCGGAAUACAAAAACUAUCCAUUUCCAGACUAUCCAACUCCUUAUAUGAAUGUAGAUCAGUCACUGCAGUAUUAUACACCAUAUUACCGUGAACUGCACCCCAAAUCAUUGAAUCCACAAUUGGCAUGUAUCAAACCAGUAAAAUGCCAUGCCCAAACUCAAAUAUAUCCAAAGGGUACUGUGCUUAACACACACAAUGAUUCUUUCAAAACUAACAAACAACUUGAAUAUCCCCUAAAAACUUGCUUCAUCAAACCCAUAACUAAUGACAUAAAAGCUAGGGGAACCCCUAAGUCUAUACUACGAAAUUUUUGCUCUUUCUGGACCGAACCUUGUAUUUGUGGAAAUAAACCAAGAACAUUCGGCAUAGACCCGCAACCGCCGAUUUCUUCUCGUGAAAUACUUAGUAAGAUCAUUAAUACUGCGCCAACUAGUGCAAGGAGUAAUUAUUGGUCUAAAGACCAAGAUAAUACGGAUUCAGCUAAAUUGCAAUCAAAAACUGUGGCUGAUAAUACUGAAAAGGAUGAUCCAAAUCAGGUGGCUCAAAUUAUGCCCUUAUCUGAUAUCAAAAUAACACAUAAAUCCCCUCAGGUAAUUGGAGAUAUAAAACCAUUGAACAGCAAUUCAGAUGACAUACACAUUUCAUUAGCCGAGAAAUUGUCUAGUAAAUUGGAACAGGCCCAAGAAAGGAUUUUGUUAUUGGAACGGGAAAAAUUGUUGCUAGAGCAGUCUCUUUCUGCUAUGAAGAUGGAAAUGGAAGAGUCGAUGACUUGUAUUCAACAAAGUGAAGCGGUUAUGGACACACAGCACAACUAUUCAACGGCAGUUUUGAGUUCAAUCAUCGAUUUUUGUUGUUCUCUUUCCACCCCUAACAAACACCCUGAGGUUAGACAUGCAGUUAGAACUUUUGCACUAGACUUAUUCCAAUUGCUGAUCAACCACAACGCGCCAAAUAACCAUAUUGCAGAGCUUAUAGCACUAAAUGGUAUAUUGGCGGAAACAAGCUAUGUUGAUGCAUUGAAUACACCGAAACAAUUGACAUCAAACGCAACGAAGGCAGUAUUUAAAUCAUCUAAGCCACUAUCAUCAAUUAGACCCUUGUAA